UUGUAGCAUCCUUAGGAUAUGGCACUAUUCCAUACUUUCUGAAUAGCCGCACGAAUGGGAAACACUCCAUUCUCGCGCUGCCAGUCGGACUUUCCAUAGCACGCUUAGCUUGCUGCUCGGGCGUGGUGCAACUGUAUUGGACAAGCUCGAGUAGCUCACAAUCUCUUUUGAGAUCAAAGUCCCCCAAUUUCCUGCUCUUGUCCUUAAAAUUGACGGAGUGGAAUUGUGCUCGCUGCUCGAGGGAGCUUACGGGGAAGGGUUGUUCGGGCGGAGCCAUUGAUUCUUCUUUCCCCUCGUAUCCUGCACUCUUCUUCUCUUCCUCCAACACCGCUAUGCUGAGGGUAACUUAAGCUGGCGCGUGGGCGACGGUCAUGGCGAUGUCAUGUCGGCGGAACAAUACGGCCGCAGACUCCUCGAGGAGGUGCAGGAGGAAGGUCUCGAGCAGCUAUUGGCAGAGAUCAGACAAAGGUCAUGCCCCCAGUCGAAGUCAAGAAUCGGAAUACCGCAGCUAGACAACCUACUUCAGGCCUUUCGCCUACCAUCUCAACCAGCAGAUCAUCCAUCAUGGACAUCAGCAACAGGACACCGUCCUGGGACAGAAAACGAAGCCGAGCAUCAUGAUGAUCAGGAAGCUGAACCUUCACAUCGCCAUGAAGCUCCAUCUCGCCAGCACAAUGCCACGCGGAAGCCUGCUGUCAUCGAAUUGACCAGCAGCCAAUCCGCCUCUGGAAAGACUACUCUCCUCCUCUAUAUCUCAGCCCUGGCAGCCCUACCAAGAGUAAAUGGGGGCAACGAAUCAGCAGUCAUAUACAUAGACAAUGACAGCCGCUUCUCAGCCAUCCGCCUCGUACAGAUCAUUAAGCACCAUCUCGAAACACACCAUGGAACCAGCACAAACCUCACGUCAGAAAGCAUUCGACAGAUCGCCCACGAAGCCCUGAACCACAUCUACAUCUUCCGCCCACAGUCGUCCACACAGCUACUAUCCAUUCUCGAGUCUUCACCAUCUUUUCUCCUCGACAAAACACGCCACUCUUCAAUCUACAGACCGCUAGGUCUCGUGGUGCUCGACUCAGCCACCGCAUUCUACUGGCAAGACCGCUUCGACAGAACCAUGGCACAACUGGAUACUCCGAGCGUAGCAGCUCGAGACCACCCAUCCAAGACUGCCGACAUCAUCGCACGUCUCAAAGCGCUUCAGACGAGAUUCGAAUGCGCAGUGGCCUUCAGCACGAACAACGCUCCGUCACGGACAAUCACUCAGACACAUACAGGUCCUGAAACGACGCCAUUGACCCCUGCGCCCCAGGGUCCAAGUCUAUCGCCGUGGACAAUGUAUGCCACUCUCACGCUCAGCCUGACGAGGGCGCAAGUCCCGCAAUUCGCACCGCAGAUGUCGUUGGAAGAGUGUCUACGUGACGCGGAGAAAAGACUUGAAGCCGUGCGGAACGCUAGGUUCAUAGCAACAGUAGAGUGGCGGCCUGGUCAGUCGCUGGAAAGGGACAGAGUCAUGAUAGCGAUGGGCGCAGGAGAAGGAUCAGGAAAUCAUCCUGGAUUUGCAUUCAAGAUUGAUGGGUCUGGUAUUGAUAUCGAGUAAAGCAGAAGAACGAUGACCAGCUGUUGAGCGGUCACUAGAUCUAUCUACCAGGUAGAUACAGACAUUGUGCAACGAGUCCUCUCCACGCAUUCCCAAACUCCAGUCUGUGUCGUUUGUUCUAUUCUU